AUGUCAACGCGAAGUCGCAUAGAACCAUUCAGCGAUCAUUCUCACAAAGUUCAACUAAAAGUCAUCGAGAUAUCUCGUCAUCGGCACAGUCGCAAUCACCAUCGACUGUCAUCGUCAUUACCAACGUUGCAUUCACGUACAAUUCAUACAAGUAUUCGAUCGAAAAAUAGCCAUCGUUCGAUCGGCAAGAAUUCCGUUGCACGCAGUCAUGGUCAAGAAAAAUCAAUCUCAAAAAGCAUUGUGCAACAAUCAAGAACUAUCAUAAGUAGCUCUGUUAGUUCUGGUAAAGUUCGUCCUACACCAUCCGAAGCGAGGGAGUGCACUUUUGAAGAUGAUAGUUCUUCAAUUAAAACAGACCCUGUUGAAAAUCAACGCUGUUCACCAGAUUUGUUCAGUGCUGUGAAGUGGACCGAUCGAAAGGGCGUAACAAAUAAUUACCAUAAGAAUAGAGAAAAUAAUCGAAAGAAGAAAUAUACCCGUUCUAUUAUUAUAUGUUCGAUCAUUACUGCAUUUAUUCUUUGUAUAGCAGUCGUAGCAACUCUGCUUGCUGUUUUGAUCAAGCCAAACGUCACAUCGUCAAAUUCAACGCCUGAUAAUAAUCCAUGCGUUACGAGGAUAUUUUGGAAUACGACAGGCACUAUCUAUGCAGGCAAUGGUUCUCAAGGUCCAUCCCUAAAUCAAUUAUCUUCACCAACCGGUAUAUUUAUCGAUUCGAACGAUGCUCUAUACAUCGAUGAUACUGGACACGCUCGUUCACUAAAAUAUCUACCUGGUGCAGCAACAGGAGUUUUGGUAGCUGGAGGUAGUUCGGGAAGCGGACUGAAUGAAUUGAGUGCAAUGGGUACACGUUUUAAUUAUGCUGAUUCAAAUCAAGCAACUUACAUCGCCGAUGCGGGGAACCAUCGAAUAAUUCGUUGGUUAAAUGGCGCAUCUUCAGGCGUGAUAGUGGCUGGCAAUGGUACACCUGGAAGCACACUCAAUCAAGUGAGAAAUCCGUAUGGGGUAUGGGUUGACUCAAGUUCGAAUGUAUAUGCAUCAGAAUACUUUAAUCAUCGCGUAACAAAAUGGAGUCCAGGCGCGACGGCGGGAAUAAUCGUUGCCGGAGGCAAUGGGCAAGGCUCAACAAUAGAUAAGCUAAAUAAUCCAACUAGUAUAUAUUACGAUGAGUCUAAUCAAAAUCUGUACAUUGUUAACACUGGAUCGCAUACAGUGACAAAGUGGCGAAUAAACGCACCGAAUGGUACUAUUGUUGCUGGGAUUGCUGGAAGUUCCGGAUCAUCAUCUACUCAGUUAAGUGGACCAUUGGGUGUAACGUUAGAUCAGUGGAAAAACGUCUAUGUUGUUGAUUCAUUGAAUUCGCGUAUUCAACUUUUUUGUAAAGGAGAUACCACAGGUGUUACGAUUGCUGGAUUUGGCAGUGGAGGUAGCUUUUUCAUUCUUCCAUACGGUGUGGCGUUGGAUUCACAAUUAAAUUUGUGUGUCUCAGAAAAUGGAGCUGCACGCGUAACAAAAUUUUGGAAAUUAUAG